AUGCCAAAUUUACGGCAAUCACCAGCUUAUUUGCUCAAUUUUCUUAUACCACUGGACGAUUGGUACUUUCUUGCAGUAAUAUCACAACUUCUUCCUCCCCCUACAGACUUCUCCGUAGCAAGCAUAUUGGGUCUGUCGCCUUCAUCAGGAGAGUUGUCAAAGCGUCCCACUUUAAGCGCCAAGUUCGAAGCUGCGUACGCCUGUAUAACAAGACGCUUCAACUCCUUUGACGUGGCUUCCAUACUGUCAUCACCGUCAACAGCCGCAACAGUGAAUUCUUCGAGCAUGUUUUCAGUUAAGCAUUAUAACACAUCGUUAAUACCACAGCUUGAUGGUGGGGACAACGAAAAGGUUCUAUCCAUCGACACGUCCACACCUUCCUCCUUCCAACCCGUUAUCUCAUCGGUCACUUCUUCGUUUACUCGAAUCGUAGCGCUUCCAGAGUCUUGUGCUUUACCAGUUAGUUGCAACACCACCAUGCCUCUUCAUCCUCAUCGGCACACUCUACCUUUGCUGUCUAGUGAAUUUACUCUGCAAUCUCCUUCUUACACUGAUCACAAUUACUGCUUAGAUUCAGUAACUCUUUUUAACGUGAUAAGUACAAACGCAAAUACAAACAUCGUUAGUCCUACCAAUACCGCUCUUAAUUUUCCCGCUGUAAGAGUUCCAGGAAAUGCUACCAAUGAUGGGACGAAGUAUGAAGACGAGAACAACAAACGAGUUCGUUCUUUCGCAAGUUCUGAUGAGGUAGUUAACGAUGCAGAAGAAAAAUAUGGGGAAGUGGAAAAAGAAGGGCAAGCUUUAUGGAGAUGUCGGAAGUGCGGGAAGACAUAUAACAGCUCCUCUUCACUAAGAAUGCACAAACGAAGUCACUCGCGCUCGUGGAAAUGUCGGUACUGUGAGAAGGCGUUCUCGCGCAACUGGCUGCUUGAGGGUCACGAGCGGACUCACACAGGCGAAAAGCCCUUCUUCUGUCCCACCUGCCAACGUGCAUUCGCGGACCGCUCCAACAUGCGAGCACACAUGCAGACACACCUAAUGGUAAAGCGCUGUCGCUGUCCUCACUGUCCCCGAUCAUUCACUCGCCGCAGUCUGCUCUACCGACACGUGGAAAAGUGUCCCCUCUCUGCCUUUGUUACAAAUAAAGUUCCCGCCGCCUCCACCGUCAAAGCAGCAAUCAACCUCGACACCAUCAACUUAGCCAAUUGA